UGGCAACCCAGGUGCCUGAUCUAUAUUUAUCUACCUGGCAAAGCUCUUCCUGCUUCCAAGGUUUAAACACACCGACGUUAAGUUUCAUUUUUAGGGAAAGAUAACACCGACGCCUUUUAUUUCCCUUUACAGCUUUAACUUUCGUUAUCCUCUGAGAGUAAUCGUAGUGCCAUCAUUUUGCUGCGGUUUAAUUCACACACACUUCAUGGCGUCCUCCGUUGAAGACGAGCUCACGUGUCCAGUGUGUUUCGAGAUUUAUCAGGAUCCUCAGAUCCUCUCGUGUGGACACACUUUCUGCCGCCGAUGUAUCGGACAUCACUACCACACAAUUUUGUCCUCCUUUUACACUCCGGUAUGUCCCGUGUGUCUGAAUGCGAUACGCCAGGAACCGGUGACCAACCUGGCUCUGAGGAACACCUGCGAGUCCUAUCAGAGAGACAAGGAGAAGGAGAGAAAUGAGAAGGAGAGAAAGGAGAGAGAAGAGAGAGAGGAGGACGGAGGGAAUAAAUGUCUAUGGCACGGAGAGAAAAUCUUGUUUUUCUGCAGGGACGAUGGAGUGGCCAUAUGUCCUCAAUGCAGGAACCAGGGUCAUAUGUCACACAAAGUUCAGCCUCUUAAACACACUGUACCUCAGCGCAAGGACCAAAUCAAAGCAGCUCUCCGUCCAGCUGAGAAAGUUCUGCAGUCUUUAAGGAAUGGCACAGCACUGGAGCGUAAAAUCACCAAAUACAUUGAGUGUCAGGCUGAACAGGCAGAGAAGCAGAUAAAGGAGGAUUUUGCGAAGCUUCAUCAGUUCCUCAGAGAGGAGGAGGAGGCUCGGAGAGCGGCACUGAGGGAGGAAGAGGAAGAGAAGAAAGGAAAACUGGAAGGAUGGAUGGAAGAAGAGUUAAAGUCUAUCUCUGAUAGAUUGCUGGAGGUGGAAGAAGAGAUGGAGAAUGAUGAUGUCACAUUCCUUUUGAAUUAUGACCAGAUUAUGGCACGGGCUCGGUAUAGACGGUCCGAUUCACAGCUGAUCUCUGGGUCUCUGAUCGAUGUGGCCAAACAUGUGGGAAAUCUCAGAUUCAGAGUGUGGGAGAAGAUGAAAGAUCUCUGUCCUUACUACCCAGUAGUCCUCGACCCAAACUCCGCCCACAUCUCUGUGUCUGGUAAUCUGGUGUCCGGGAGCCGAUCUGUUCACAGGUUCUACUCCCCAAACCCCCUAAAGAAGAACUCUAACCGGUUGGUUCUCGGAUCAGAGGCCCAAAAUGCCAGCUUCAACUGCUGGGAUGUGGAGGUGGGAGACAGCAAGUGCUGGACCCUCGGGGUGUGUCAACGCUCAGCAACUGAGAGAAACCACACGCAGGAUCUGACCCCCAGAAACGGGUUUUGGGGUCUCAGCAAAAAUGGAGAUUUCUAUUACAUUUUGGGGUCCACAGAGGCGCCGUUUCAGUUAAGGAAGCCUCCGAAAAUGGUGCGGGUGAAGCUGAUAGAACGCCUGGAUCUCAACAACUGGAAACUUAAUUGGAUGCUGAGCUUUUCAGAUGCUUCCACUGGAUCUGUGAUGGCUUGUAUUCGUGAAGUGUCCUUUAGGAGGGAUUUGUUUCCCUUUCUUAUCCCAGAGGAGAGAAAUGCACCUCUGCGCAUUGUUCCUGUGAAUGUAAACAUAACCAUGGAGAAGAAAUUCACCUUCUUAGAGAGGCACAUGGACCUGAUUCCUGUAUAUGUCAUAGGAUUCCUCAUGGUGCUUUUGUUGCUUUUGGUGCUUUUGAUAUUUAAAAAAAUAAACUGAAGAAGUGACAGUCAGAGGGUUGUUUUGGUUGCAUUACAAAGCACCUGAUAAGCAUAUAUCUAAAUAAUCAAAUAAAGCCAGAUCAACUAGAUUUCUAAAAAAAACACAAGCAGGAGUAAACAUGUCAUGUAACAUGAGCAGAGAAUAUUGGUAAUGAUGAGAUUAAGGAAAUGUGUUGAUUACAGGAAAUUGUGUGAGAUUAAAGAGUUCAAAUUUCAGAAGAGAGUUAUGUUUUCUGAAAAAAAUGUCAGCAGUAAAAAUAUCCAGGGAUUUUGUUGACUUGGAGCCAUGAUACCCUCCGUGUUGUAUGAUACAAAUACCCUAUUGUUCUAUUCAUGUCACAGUGACGCAUUAUAAAUUUGUAUAACUGUAUAAGAAGGAAA